AGACGAAUUACUCGAAUCUACUCCAUUUUCAUUCUCCUUCACCGCCACAUAAUAUCCCUACCCUCUUUCCAUUUUUCUAUUAUUUUCAUUUCAUUUCAUUUUUUUAUUCAUUUCUCAUCACAAUUUAUUAUAAACAUAUAUAUAAACCUAUCCUCUACCCUCUCUUCUUCUUUUUCAUUUUCAACCAACACAUUCGCCACCACACUUCCAUUCUCUCUCUCUCUCUCUCUCUCUCUCUCUCUCUCACACACACACACACACACACAACAAAUUCUCUUCUCUUCUGAGUUUUCUCUCUCUCUGCAAAACGAUGAUGCUCAACGACGAAUGGAUGAGAGCGGCGAUGAAAGAUGACACGGUGGUCGUCGAGCUUCUGUUACGGCUGAAGCAGCCUGUUGAGACCAAAUCUCGUGGUUUAUCGUUCUCCUGGGGACACAAACAACGGCGUUCAAGAUCGAGGACAACCGCUUCCGUUUCUCGCUGCGACCGUGCUGUUUCAACUAGAUGCAGUCCUACCACUCCUCUCUCUUGGAGCGGUGGCGCUUCUCCGUCUGUCACCGCCGAAGGUUAUGAAGAUUCAAGCCGUUACAACCACGCUGCUAGAUCCAAGGCUACUGCUACAAGUGGAUACACUAGCAACUCUGCCUCUACCAAAAGGUGCAAAAGAAAAAAGUCUUUUGCAGAAUUGAAGGAAGAGGAGACCACCCUGCUAAAGGAAAGGAUACAUUUAGAAAGGGAGAUAGCAACUAGAAAUGCAAAUUUUGAGGUGAUGAGAACUACAAAUGAAAGUUUGAAGAGGAUGAAGCUUGGUUUCGGAUCAAAAUCUCAUAGCAAGCCAAGUUGUUCAACAUCCGUUGAACUGCGGGGUACGCUUGCUGGUCAACCCCACCGGAGAAUAGUACCUUCUGAGGUCCUCACAUGUGCCACUCAAGAUGAUACUCAUUCACAAGCAUCAGAGUCUAGGCCAAACAGGAUUGAGUCUACUGGAGAAAGUGUUUUCAUGAUACCAGACCUAAAUAUGAUGCCAUCUGAUGAUUGUAUGAGUUGAGAUAGACCUACUUUGUUCAAGACUUUUGGAACAAUUACUCUGAGCAAUGUACAGGUCGAUAGAGAGCAUUUUGAAGACUCCAUCCAAUAGAAUCCAGUGGCCAUGAGAAACAUUGCUUGAUACAACUACAAUUCUCUUGAAGGGAAAACAAGUGAAUGGUAAAAAGGGAAAUUUUCUUGGGUAGUGCUAGCCAUAAAAGGCUGUAGAGUAGAGAUACUAUACUACUAGAGUAGCAGGUUCUUCCGAUUCAUGUAAGAUAAGUACCAAUGUACCAUUCUUUUGUUGGUUAAAUCUUUUGGAUUUCUUUAAGAUGUCUUCAAAGUUAUUUACAAAUUGCAACUUUGAAUGAUCGCACUUCACUCUGCAAAUUCAUGUGUCUUGUCCUUCGUUAUAUAGGAUGUUUCAUUUGUUUGAGAGUGUUAA